UCGGCUUCCUCCCGGGCCUCCAGAGCGCAGCACCGACUUCCGCCCGGGUCGGCCGCGUGUGCCGGUGCUUCCGGCCGGCCGCGGGUCCCCGCCGAGGCCAUGGGGAAAGUGCGGGGGCUGCGGGCCCGGGUUCACCAGGCUGCCGUGAGGCCCGCGGGGGAGGCCGCGGUUGGCCCCGCGCCCCCGGCCCGAGAGGCCGCCCCUCCGCAGGCCUCGGCCGCUGGAGUUGGGGGAAAGGAGUGGGCUUUCGUGAACACUGACGUCUUUGCCAGGACCAAGAUCGACCCCAGUGCCUUGGUGCAGAAGCUGGACCUGGACACAAGGAGUGUUACUUCCGUCCGGAGAGGUGAGAGUGG